AUUGAUAAAUGUGUUAUUAGUUUGUACUUUACUUCUAAAAAAAUAUGUAAAAAAAAAAGAAAUUCCCACCUACCUACCUUAAAUUUUUAAUAGGUGUAAUUGGAACCACAACAUUUUAUUUAUUUGGCCUAACUAGGAAAAGUAUUCUGAGAACAUCCAUUUGUCAUCAUUCUACAAUGAUUAAGCAUCUGUGUCUCUAAUUUCAGACAACUGGCUCAUGAGAUGCAUAUCCCUUGGUUAGAGUACUGGGAAUUCCUGGAUGAAUUUGUGGACUUCUCCACAAAUGAAGGCCUUCAGAAACUGGAAGAUCAUUUCAAGAAACAACAGAUAUCAGCUGUCUUCUCCGAAUGUCUGGAGAACUUUGGCCCUCUGAACCUGUUGGAUAACUCCUCUGUGUUCUGUAACACAUCACAAGGGGAUCUGCAGUCAAGUCUCUUAGAUCCAAAGACGAGGUUGUUAAUCCAGCCAAGUUCCUUGUCCUCAAUGAGCAAUAAUCAAGAAAAUAGAGGUCCGGAGGAACUGGAAGAGAAUCUGCCCGAAACUGUAGAAGGUUCUGAAGGGUCUGGAUCCAUCUGUGAUAACAAUAACAAACCCAAAGGGUGUAGUACAGACUCAGAGAAAGAGACAGAAGGGUCUCAGGGGAAAAGGGAUGUGUGGUCAUAUAGGGAGCCCGCGGAGGGCACAGAACUAGAACGGGAAUCUCCUGAAAAGAAGGCCAAUGUGGCCUCACCUGAGAAAGAAGGUACAAGUAAGAGUGUUCUGAAUUCAAGUCAAAUCAUGAAAACCAUUAGAUUUGGUAAAAAGGAGGAAGAGAAGAAGUCGGAUCCAUGGGCAUACCGACAGGGCCUUGGAAAUACAAACACUGACAGAUCUUCACCUUCAAAGAAUGAAAGCUUUUCGAGUCCUUCAAGGUUGGACUCUGAAGGUAGUACAAGCUUUGAUGAUAGUGUUUUGGCAACAUUUUCCGGCAUGAAGUUAUCAAGUGGUGAUGAGGAAUUUCACACCCCAGAGUCCCAACCGAGAUCGGACAGCGAGUCUUUCAGAACACCGAACCAACUAGAUGUGUCUAUCAAUACAGCAGUCACAAAUCUCUGUGAUGAUUUGAAAAGGAAACUGGUUUUUACACCAGAGCAACAGUCAUCUCUGUCAAUCGGAAGGAUGGUUGGGUGUCCCUAUGGUAAAAUAUCAGUUCCUUUGGGCAAUUCACACCAUGCAAAUGAUGCCUUCCGUAUUCUCUCAAAUUCCAAAAUGUUGGAUCUGGAUGAGGAGGAAGAAUCUUCUGAUCAACCUGCUCCGGUGUUGGUUGGCCUUGACCCCAGAACGGCAGGGUCUGACCCUUCUUGUCGUAGUUGCAAAUGUUUGGGUUCUCAAUGACUCUUUACAUACAUCAAAAGUAAAUAAUGUUUUCCUGAACACCAAGGUCUUGCUAGAAGAUUCUAAGAUGAGGAAUCAACUUCUGAACAUCGAAGGUCCUAAACUGAUGACCAUUGACAUUUCCUGUGAUGAAAAAUAUACCACGAGACAACGAACUGUGCCAGUACAAGCCCUCUUUUUCCAGGCUUCAAUGACCCCAGUGAAUGUAUAUAUUCAUGGACUGAAGCAUGCCAGGCCGGACCUGGACGUCCUUUGCGAGCAGUGAACCGGCCAAGAGUGAACAGCGGCAAGUUCCCAUUGAUUGAGAGAUGGUUGCAGAGAGUGUCCUCACUGGCUAACGACAACAAGCAGAGUUGGCCUAGUCCAGCCCGUCUGCGACGAGAAGCAUUGGACAAGGUCAGUACAUCACCUCGUGGUGGAGGUAUUCUCAGUCCACUGGUGUCCACCAGCCCCUACAGCCCACAGAGGUCAAGGCCGUUCUUGUCCUCCCCUCUCAUCGGGAACUGGACGCCCAGGGCGGCCCUGUUUCAGUCAUCCCCGAUGGCUCAGCCGGUGUCUAAGCCAGUUGAAAAGUUUAAGCCGGACUUGGACUUGUCAGCAAAGGAGAAGGACUCUUCCCAUUAAUGAAAACUUUGUACAUUUGUGUAUAAGAUUGUCAUUAAAUUAUGUAGUUUAUUACUUGUUA